AAAUAGUAAAAUAUCUCAGCUCAGCAGGUCCGUAAAAUGCAAGUGAAUGGUGAUCAGACUUUUGAAGCUCCAAAAAUCACAGACAGUCAGCAUAAAUGUCAUCCAUACGACUUUUAAAUGUUCAAAAUAUGUUGGUUGGGCGACUACAUAACAUGUUAUUAAACAGCUCUCUGAAAUUCUUGAUUCUGGUCCCUCAUCCUGAAACUCCAGCUUCUUUCACGUCUCACGCUCUCUGCUUUCAAAUGCAUAAAUGUAUUGAAAAUUAAAUCGGAGGACUUCAAUAUUUGUAUUGGACUUAUUAACGGAUUAUAAAAUAAUUAAAGAACAGGUACAAUUUUAAAACAUUCAUCUCAAAUCACCAAUUCAUGUCCCCGUAAUUAUUUGAAAAGCCGUGUAUUAGUGGUAUGAAUGUACAUCACUUAAAUGGUAAAUGGUCUGCACUUAUAUAGCGCUUUUUUUAACCUUAGAGGUUACCAAAGCGCUUUACACUGUGACUCAUUCACCCAUUCACACACACACAUUCACACACCAAUGACAGCAGAGCUGCCAUGCAAGACGCUAGCCUUCCAUUGGGAGCAACUUGGGGUUCAGUGUCUUGCCCAAGGAAACUUCAGCAUGUGGAGUCAUGUGGGCCGGGAAUCAAACUGCCAACCCUGUGAUUAGUGGCCGACCCGCUCUACCACCUGAGCCACAGCAGCACCUAAAUGUCAUCAAAAUAAAGUCAUGUCUUUCAAGUCAUUUUUAUUUGUAUAGCGUCUUUCACAACACACAUCGUUUCAAAGCAGCGUUACAUAAAGCGGAUGGAAUUUUUUUACAAGUGUUGACAUAAUUUUUUCCCGUUUAACUCUACCACAUAAACUCUUAUGUCGAUACUUCAAAUGUCGCAAAAAACUGGUUUGCAAACACUUUUGUUUUUAGAGAAAAUUGCCAUUAACACAAAAAUAUAGUGUCACGUGACAGAAUUUGCCCUAUCAGCAUUCUUAUAAAAUCCAAAAUAUGACCACACUUCUGAUUUGGUCUUAUUGGAACGUUGGAAAUUCUCCUGAGUGCUUUCAUUGCCUUCCGCCAUGUUUUCACACUAAAUAAACUACAAUAACAAUGUUGCAUGCUGCGCCCAUGCGUCAGACUCAUUUUGGGUGUGUGUGUGUGUGUGUGUGUGUGUGAACAGCAUUUACCACAAGUUUUAAAAAUCAUUGUAAUCGUGCACGGUUUUAAUACAUUUACAUUUAUGCAUUUGGCAGAUGCUUUUAUCCAAAGCGACUUACAGUGCACUUAUUACAGGGACAAUCCCCCCAGAGCAACCUGGAGUUAAGUGUCUUACUCAAGGACACAAUGGUGGUGGCUGUGGGGAUCAAACCAGCAACCUUCUGAUUACCAGUUAUGUGCUUUAGCCACUACGCCACCACCACUCCAUAUGUAUAAUAUAAUAUGACAACAGGUGGAAAAAUACCAAUAAAAACUAGUUCAUAAAUAUAAUUGUCAAUAAAAACAUUUUAAUAAUAAUUAAACAAUAAACCAUGACCUAUAGAUAGUUUUACACAAAUUACAUACAUUUGUGUUUAAUAAAAUGGCUACAACAGUGAUUGUUGGGACAUCGAUUUAUGUUCCACGUUAUUUUGGGCAACUUUAUUAGGACCUGCUGGUGGAAUCUCCAAACUGCAAAUGCAGGAACUGAGUUUAAACAUUGCGCUGAGGUACACUUCAUUACCAUAAAAUACGCCCACAGUUUCCGCGCAUACACCCACAGAGAGCGCAAAUACUCCCACCCAUGCCCACUUGCACUUUGUAAUUCCAGCUCUAUGAAAAUAGAGCUGGAAUUGUAUUAAAUACUGUAUAUAGGCUAUACAUUUAACUCUUUGUUUUCCCAUUUAUCCCAGCAAAUCCACACACAUCUGACCAAUACUUUGGGAAUUCCUUCAUGGUGCUCUUACGUGAUAUUUGUCAUCAUUACGCUCUUUAUGGUACUGGUGCUCGGCCUGAUGCUGGUUUUGAUCGCUGACUGGAUCUGGCCAUCCAGACCAAAGCGCAAAGACAACAAAACAGUUUUGACUGUGAAAGAGGAUGUGUCGGAUGAAGAGGUGGAAGACAUCCUCUCAGAAUACAAACGCACAUCUGACCUGGACAACGAGAGUGAGAGAGCUGAUGAGUCGAUCGAAGAGGAAGGACAAAUCACAGACAGUUACAGUGAGCUGCCUCCACCAGAGGGGGCAGCAGAGAACUCAGCGAGAAAACGCAACCUGCAGGAGACGAACACUUCAGAGGGCACUUAACGUGUGCUUGCUGUCAAUGCUGUGCCACCAAAAAGAAGAAAAUUGCCACAUCUGUAGGAUAUGCAAAAUGACGCCAGCUAGCAAUUAAAUUUGCACCAUACGUACGGAACGCCGUUUGCUUGUUUGACGCUCUCCAAGCAUGGUUGAAUUGAUUUAAGAAGACUAGUUGCAUACAUGUAUUGCUAAAGGACUGAUGCCAAACAUUUACAUACCUACUUUUAAUAUUAUAUUUUGUUUAAACACCAAAAAUGUCGUUUUGCAUUAAAAGAA